AUGUUAAAGUUUCUUUGGCUUUUACCCAUAGUCACUAUCGCUAUACCUAAAAUUACCCAGGCUCAAAGACCGUCUUUUGCUGGCAUGAGACCUCCAGGCGGACUCACUCAGAAGGACAAAUACGCCCAAACUAAAAAUACAGCCGUGGAGAACUUUAAUGGAAGUUCAGAACCCAAGGAUACUUCGCAAAAGAAAAUUAUCAACCUUCCUUAUGGAGCACCACAAAGGCCGCCAAUGGGAGUUCCUCUGGUUCAUCCCUCCACUCCGGAGGAGUUGUCAGCCUCGUACAGCCCCGUCAUUAAAGCUGCUGGAUUUCCAACUCAAACUGCCCCAGAUAACAGUCGACUUCCCAUCGAUGCCCGAGGUGACAGGGACUGGGUAAAUAGAUUGAAGCAGCUGCCCGUGGACCAGCAGUCCUUCUGGCUUGUAAACUAUCAAGCAAUCGAAGCAAUGAGUAACAGUCCCAGACCCAGUAUUGGAAAUUAUGAAUGGCGUGGGAGUUCGUUCGGCGGUUAA